UGUCACAUGGAAGCAAGGCAGCUGAGCUGAGGGGAUGUGAGCAGAGAUGGAGGGGGCUUAAGGGACCGAGGCAGCCGCAGAUCAUUUUGGAGACGCAUCAGGAUCUUUAUUUUUAUCAUCAUCAGCAGCCGGAUAAAGAAAAAAAGGGGCAGGUUGAGCUCUUCCCAGCCUCUCCUCUUGGCUGGGGGUGCGCGGACAGGGCGCAUGAAGGAUGCCACAUGAACUAUGCUGCAUCCUCAUCCUACAGUGAAGAAGCCCAGCUGUUGGUUUUGCUGUGAUUAUGUUCGCAUGGAGCUUUUGGUCUGAUGGGAAGCAGAAACUGAAGGAAGCGACAGGAGCCGAUGCUGCGCCUCCCCAGACCUCUGAGCUGAAUUCCAGUGAGACCGUGGCACCUCCCUGCGUGCAUGAGUGUAAGGGUGUGAGUGUGUGUGUGUGUGAGAGCAAGUGAGCGCCAGCGCUCCCACAUGGCCUCCAUGCAGGACGGGCUGAACUUCACGGCUCCUCCCUACGGCAAGGUCCUGCUGCUGGGCGCUAUCGCUGCUGCCUCAGCCUUUGUUGUUACCAUCCUUAUAGUGGUGCUCUGUGUGGGCUGCCAGAGGAAGGGGAAGACACACAAUGUCCCCGGUGAAGGUGGAAAACACCGCCUCAUGGACGUGGGUAUACUCAAACAGUCAAAGCUGCGGUCCAUCAGUAAAUCUGAUACCGAGAUGAACAAGAUGAACUGCAAUGGCAAAAUUGAUUUUUGGGACAUGAACGCAAAGCAUCGGGGUAUGAUCUGCAGGCAGCUUCCCCAGAUCCCCUCUGGGACUGGAGAGGACAGCGAGCACACUUAUUCAGAAGUGGGCCAACGUUCCUCCACUACACGUACUGACGAUGCCCUCUACGCCAUGGUAGGCAGGGCCGGGCAGACGGACACUCCGGCCCCUCCGGCCGUUCCAGCCAACACCCCGGCGCCCCCUGACCCAGAUGGCGAGGUGGACGGAGGGCUCCCUGAACCCGAGGCGCCGGUCAUGUCUCCCCCGCACCCUCCAGAGACGGCGGAGUACGCCUGCGUCAGGAAACUGAGGAAGGCUGAAAAGGCGCCUCAGAAGAGGGACAGUGGGACGGAUAUGGCGGAGCCACCAGCGCCGCCUCUACGCCACGGGCCGCCUUCGCAUCCCGCCCCUCCACCGCCACACCCCCACAGCACAAAGUUGCCUCGUAGAAACAUUGAGGCCUUCAAUGUCCCAUCAUUUCCAAAGGAAGUGAUGUUUAUGGGAAACGGAGAGCAGUACAUCUGGAAGCCUCCAGAGGAGGAUGACAUGCUGAUGCUCCAGAAUAAAGCUCUGGGUCCACUGGGAGCUCAUACAAUGGAGAAUUUACAACCAUCUGCAGCAGUGGUGGCUGAGAUGUACUCCAAAGUCUGCAAACCUGGCAAGAAGAAGAGAGCGAUGCCAGGGUCUCCACCAGCCAACCUUGGCUUCCGGACCUUAGGUCGAGGCGACUGGGACCGGGAUCGAGACGGUGGAUUCAGUGUGGUGGUCAAACCUCAGACAUGGGCCCCUCAAGAAGGCAAAGCAGCUGGGGGAUCCCUGGACGACCACUGCUACGAGUCCAUCGGCACGGAGGAGUGCGAUCAAGCGUACGAUAACCUGGAAGGUGGAGGCGCAUGGAAAAGGGAGAGGCCUCCGAACACAUGUGCCACCCUUCGACCAAGGAGGAAGAAAGCCCAGCAGCCCCUGCAGCAGCAGCAUCCUCCACCCCCGCCGCCCACGCAGCAGACCCCCAAGUUACAACACCUGCCUGCCAAAGCCCUGCUGCUGCCGGGAGAGAACCUGUAUGAGAGCAUCGGUGACCUGAAGCAGGGCUCCGCCACAUCCAGCACCACCACCAUCUUCACCUUUAACGACGGCAUGGAGAUGUAUGUUACAGGGCUCUGAGGCAGCGGCUGCACUGUGACCCCCAUCGACACCGCGAGGAGUGACUGCUGGGUCCCUGUCAUGCUCACCCACACAUACUGUUUACAUUUAAGUCAUAACAUCAGGCCUUUCACAGGCUCCAGAGGCCUUGGGUGGUAAUGUUGAUCUGUUAUGACCUGGGCUGAAUACAAAGUCCUGUCUGCAAACCUUAAAAGAAUCCAAAGGUAGUAAAUAAUAAAUGAGCACAAGACCAUCACAGAGCAAUCUGUAGGCAAACAGUAGCACUUCAGUUUUACUGAUACGUCUGUGCAAAGCACAAUAAAGUUAGAAGCCUAAAUUCUUCCUCAAUUGUUGCGGGUAAAAAUAGUCCUUUAUUCGGUCCGAGCCGGACCUCUAAUUGGGGAAUUAUUUUAGUAGCACUUCCCUGUAUAUUUGACCAGAUGUGAUUUAGGAUAGAAUUUAAAUGAAACAUAAAUAAAAAAAAACUCUUGAAAGCUCAGGGAUCAAGAAUUAUAUAACCAAGUAUUUUAAUUAAAAAAAUAAUUGCACACAUAUUGCAUUCCUCCUAAACGCUUUGACAAAUUAAGACCAUUUCACCUUAACAAAAAAAA